CGUCGCGGGGCCACAUCGCCGUGCCACCCCGAGCAACAUCGUUACGCCUGUGCAGGGCCCCGUCGCCGCCAAGUCCGAGUGCAGUCCGCGUGUGUGUGCGUGUCAGUCUCGUGUGUGUGUGUCAAGUGUGUCAAUGUGCUGGUGCGCCUGGAUUUGAUAACCGCUUCAGGGAUGCGUGUCGCGCCGAGGGGCCCACGGGGGCCUCUGCUCGCCCUCUGCGCGCUGGUCCUCGCCGUCCUGCCCCCGAUCUACGCACAGGGAACGGCGCCGGGCAGCAACAGUUCAUCGACGGGGCUGUUCACGUGUCCACAUGGCUGGGAGCUCCGCGGCCUGCAUUGCUACAAGUUUUUCUCCAUCCGGCACUCCUGGGAGAAGGCGGCCGAGCUCUGCAGAAGAUACGGCAGUGACCUGGUCCUAGUUGAAUCCUACGCUGAGAACAACUUAACAGCAGGACUUGCCACCAGGAAUUUGGGUCCAUCACUAGGAAGAGAGGCUCAACAGUACUGGUUGGGUCUUGCCUCACUAGAUGAUCUACGCACCAACACCUUGGAGUCGGCAGCUGGUCUGCUUGUCUCACAAUAUGCUGGAUUCUGGGCCUUACCACAGCCAGAUCCUUCAAUGGGUGAAUGUGUGGAUGCAACGAUUGAGGAUGAGCACCAAUCCUGGUCGCUCACAACUUGUGAAUCCUUGUUGCCAUUCCUCUGCCGAGCUCAAGCCUGCCCAUCUGGUUCCUUCCACUGCUCAAAUGGUCGCUGUGUCAACUCUGCUUUCCGCUGCGAUCAGCAAGAUGACUGUGGGGAUUGGUCUGACGAGUUGGAUUGCCCGAACGAAUGCCAUUAUUACAUGGCGAGCAGUGGUGAUGUUGUUGAAAGCCCCAGCUAUCCCCACAAGUACCCUCCCUUGGCUAACUGCAAAUGGACCCUUGAAGGGCCCCAAGGACACAAUAUUCUCUUGCAGUUCCAAGACUUUGAGACUGAGAAGACCUUUGACACAGUCCAGGUCUUGGUAGGAGGUAGAACAGAAGACAAGUCUGUGAACCUCGCAACUCUGUCCGGAAAGCUUGACCUAAGCAGUCAGCUUUACGUCUCAGCAUCAAAUUUCAUGAUCAUCAAGUUUAGCUCUGAUGCAUCUGUAGAAAGAAAGGGUUUCAGGGCUUCAUGGAAAACCGAGCCUCAGACAUGUGGUGGAAUACUGAGAGCUACCCCUCAAGGCCAAGUUCUCACCUCACCAGGCUUCCCUAACAACUACCCAGGUGGUUUGGAGUGUCUCUACAUUUUGACUGCACAGAUUGGCCGUAUCAUGACUUUGGAGAUUGACUCACUGGAUAUCGAGUCUACUCGAGACUUCAUUCUGAUCCGAGAUGGAGAUUCUCCCAAGAGCCAACCAAUUGCCCGCUUGACAGGGCAAGCAGAGGACAAUCCGAAACUCAUCAUGUCUACUGGAGAUAAAAUGUAUCUUUACUUCAAGACUGGUUUGGGUGACUCUCGCAAGGGCUUCAAAAUUAAAUAUUCUCAGGGAUGCCAAGCUACCAUUGUGGCCAAGAAUGGAACCAUCACUUCCCCUGCGUUUGGUUUGAAGGACUACCCAAGCAAUCAGGAGUGCCUGUACAGGAUCAGGAACCCUGGUGGAGGACCACUCUCUCUGGCUUUUGACCAUUUCCAAGUUCACCAGUCCGAUAUGGUUCAGGUUUAUGAUGGUGCUAGCACCAGUGGUCUGCGACUUCAUCCUGGCAAUGGCUUCACUGCAGAUUCUAUCCCAAGAAUUACACUGACUGCAUCAAGUGGAGAGAUGCUUGUUCGCUUCCAAACCGAUGCUCUUCACAACAGCAAAGGCUGGAAGGCCACUUUCUCUGCUGAUUGUGCCACUCUUCAGCCGGGAGAAGGUGCAUUGGCUUCUAGCAGGGAUACAGCCUUUGGUACCAUUGUUACUUUCACAUGCCCCAUGGGUCAGGAGUUUGCCACAGGCAAGCAGCAACUCACCACUGAAUGCCUGAAGGGAGGCAACUGGUCCACCACUUACAUUCCACAGUGUCAAGAGGUGUACUGUGGACCUGUCCCUCAGAUUGACAAUGGUUUCUCUAUUGGCUCCACAAAUGUGACAUACCGAGGACAGGCCAUGUACCAGUGUUAUGCUGGUUUUGCUUUCCCAUCGGGGCUGCCUCUUGAGCGAGUCUCCUGCCUUGCUGAUGGCCGCUGGGAGCGCCUCCCUACCUGUCUUGCAUCUCAGUGCCCUCCUCUACCGGACACCCCACAUGCCAACGCCACAGUUUUAAAUGGAGGUGGUCGCAGUUACGGAACCAUUGUCAGGUUUGAGUGUGAUCCAGGCUACCUUCGUAGUGGAGCUCCUGUCAUCUUAUGCAUGAGCAAUGGCACCUGGUCUAGCGCUCCUCCUGCCUGCCGCCGUGCGCGUUGCCCUACUUUCCCAACCAUCAAAAAUGGUUUCAUUGUUGAAACAACAAGUGAAUAUCUUUUUGGGGAUGAAGCCCGUGUACAGUGCUUCAAGGGAUACAAACUCUCUGGCAAUAACAUCAUCCGAUGCGGCCCCAACCAGGAGUUCCUCAAUCCUCCCCGCUGUGACGACAUUAAUGAGUGCAGCAGCAGCCAGUGUGAUCUUGCCUCCACCGAAUGUGUCAACACCCCUGGUGGGUUCCACUGCAAGUGUCGCAAAGGUUUCGUGGGACAUUUGGAAUGCCGUCCUGUUGGAGACUUGGGUCUGACCACUGGUGGAAUCCCUGAUGAUGCAAUUUCUGUUUCGGGCACAGAGCCUGGAUACCCAAAGGAGAUGGUCCGUCUCAAUAGUGCUGGGGGAUGGUGUGGUGUUAACACCGAAUCCGGUGCCAACUGGGUGUUACUUGACUUGAAAGCUCCAACUGUUGUCCGUGGAUUUAGGACCCAGAGUGUUUCCCGUCAUGAUGGAAAUGUUGCCUUUACAACUGCUCUCCGCAUUCAGUAUUCAGAUGAUCUGACAGACAUUUUCAAAGACUACACCAAUCCUGAUGGAACUCCAGUAGAGUUCCGCAUUCGUGAACCCACUUUGUCAGUUCUCAACCUCCCUGUGCCCAUUGAGGCCCAGUAUCUCCGCUUCCGCAUCCAGGACUAUGUGAUCAACCCUUGCCUCAGUCUGGAAGUCAUGGGCUGCACUCGACUUGAGUGCGCUGACAUUAAUGAAUGUGCCGUUGACAAUGGUGGAUGUGACCAAAAGUGUAUCAACAGCCCGGGCAACUUCACCUGUGUGUGCAACGUCGGAUACGAGCUCUUUACCAGAAAUGGUACAGCUGGUUUCCAUGUGGUUCCUACUGAGUCUGGAGAACGAGAUGGAGAUACCUACCAGCGCAACAAAACCUGUGUCCCAAUCAUGUGCCCAUCUUUGGAAGCCCCAGAAAAUGGAGUCAUUCUUUCAACCAAGGAGAUGUUCCACUUUGGUGACCUUGUCAGCUUCCAGUGUGACUUUGGCUAUGUUAUGAGUGGCCCAGCUUCAUUGUUGUGUAACUCUGGGGGUGUGUGGAAUGGCUCUGUUCCUCAGUGCCAAUAUGCCAAGUGUGUUUCCCUACCUGAUGAUAAGAAUGAAGGACUUUCAGUUCUGCGAACGGACCAAGGCAGUGUUCUUGUUCCCUUCAAAGAAAAUGUCACUUUAAAUUGCGGUAGUGUUGGCCGAAGCCUUCGACGCACUGCCUCUUCUGGUUUCCGUCAGUGUGUUUAUGACCCCAAGCCUGGCUUCCCUGACUACUGGCUUUCUGGCAUCCCUCCAUCUUGCCCCAGAAUGGAUUGUGGUGUUCCUCUACCAACACCUGGAGCUGAGUAUGGAAAGUACCUUGAUACCAAGUAUCAGUCAUCAUUCUUCUUCGGUUGCCAAGAUACUUUCAAGCUUGCCGGUCAAACCAGCAAGAAUGACAAUGUUGUAAGGUGUCAGGCCAAUGGUGUGUGGGACUUUGGUGACCUUCGUUGUGAAGGUCCGGUCUGUGAAGACCCAGGAAGGCCCACUGAUGGUUUCCAGCUUGCUCGCAGUUAUGAACAGGGAUCUGAGGUAGAAUUUGGUUGCAACAAGCCAGGGUACAUCCUCAUCAACGAGCGACCAAUCAGCUGUGUCCGCGAGCCGGAAUGCAGAGUAGUCAAGCCACUGGGCAUUGCCUCAGGACGUAUCCCGGAUUCAGCCAUUAACGCCACAUCAGAGAGGCCCAACUACGAAGCACGCAACAUUCGUCUCAACUCAGUCACUGGUUGGUGUGGCAAGCAAGAAGCAUUCACAUAUGUCAGUGUUGAUCUUGGACAAGUUUUCCGUGUUAAGGCCAUUCUUGUGAAGGGAGUUGUUACCAAUGACAUUGUUGGUCGUCCUACUGAAAUUCGCUUCUUCUACAAGCAAGCUGAAAAUGAAAAUUACGUUGUAUACUUCCCCAAUUUCAAUUUGACCAUGCGUGACCCUGGAAACUAUGGUGAACUGGCCAUGAUUACUCUACCAAAGUAUGUCCAGGCUCGAUUUGUCAUUCUUGGUAUUGUCAGCUACAUGGACAAUGCUUGCUUGAAGUUCGAACUUAUGGGCUGUGAAGAACCCAAGGCUGAUCCACUUUUGGGUUACGAUUAUGGAUACUCCCCAUGUGUUGACAACGAGCCACCAGUCUUCCAGAACUGCCCUCAGCAGCCAAUUGUUGUUCAGAAGGGACCUAAUGGAGGCCUGCUGCCUGUGAACUUCACAGAACCCGUGGCAGUUGACAACAGUGGAAGCAUUGCUCGUCUCGAAGUGAAGCCUCCUAGUUUCAAGACACCAAUUACAGUGUUUGAAGAUAUGUCAGUCAAAUACAUUGCCUUUGAUUAUGAUGGAAAUGUAGCCAUCUGUGAGAUAAACAUCACUGUGCCAGAUGACACGCCUCCCCGUCUGAGCUGCCCUCAGAGCUACGUGAUCGAGUUGGUUGAUCGCCAGGACAGCUACGUUGUGAACUUCAAUGAAACUCGUCGUCGCGUCAAUGUGUCUGACGAGUCCGGCGAUGUGAAGGUUGUGUUCGUCCCCGAUCGUGCUGUCAUCCCUAUCGGUGGCUUCGAGAAUGUGACUGUGGUGGCAUCCGACAAGAGUGGCAACCAGGCUUCGUGCCACUUCCAAGUGUCCGUGCAGGCCACUCCCUGUGUGGACUGGGAGCUGCAACCUCCGACUAACGGCGCUCUCAACUGCUUGCCUGGAGAGAAGGGCCUACAAUGUAUUGCCACCUGCAAACCUGGAUUUAGGUUUACUGAUGGAGAGCCUGUUAAAACGUUCAGCUGUGAGGAGAAGAGCCCUUGGCUGCCCAACAAUAUGGUGCCCGACUGUGUUUCCGAAGACACUCAGCAGGCUGAUUACCAUGUCGUUGCCACCGUCACAUACCGCGCGAACGGAGCUGUUUCCCAGUCGUGCCUGCCCCAGUACUCCGACCUCAUGUCCCAGUAUUACAAGUCACUCAACGACAUUCUCACUCAGCGGUGCUCUGCUGUCAAUGUCAACAUGAACGUUUCAUUCAUUGAAUCCAAGCCAUCUUUAGUGGAAGAGAAUCUUGUACAGAUGGACUUCAUCCUUGUCAUUGUGCCAGCAGUAAAGCAGCCUCAGCUCUAUGACCUUUGUGGAUCAACAUUGAAUCUUAUUUUCGACCUGUCUGUUCCCUAUGCCAGUGCUGUCUUAGAGCCCUUGUUGAAUGUCUCUGCUAUUGGAAAUCAGUGUCCUCCUCUGCGUGCUCUCAAAUCUGCUAUUAGCCGAGGUUUCACUUGCAAUGUGGGAGAAGUUCUCAACAUGGACACUAAUGAUGUGCCUCGUUGCUUGCACUGUCCUGCGGGUACAUUUGCCGGUGUGAACCAGAAGACCUGCACACCUUGCCCCCGUGGUUUCUUCCAGCAACAAGACCGCCAGGGCCAGUGCGUCAGGUGUCCUCUUGGCACAUACACCCGAGAAGAAGGCUCCAAGGACAUCAACGAGUGUGUUCCUGUCUGUGGUUACGGUACCUACUCUCCAACUGGACUUGUCCCUUGUCUGGAGUGUCCUCGCAACAGUUACACCUCAGAGCCGCCAACUGGAGGCUUCAAGGACUGCCAAGCCUGCCCUGCCAAUACGUUCACAUACCAGCCAGCUGCUCCUGGAAAGGCCUUCUGUCGACCCAAGUGCUCUCCUGGUCAGUAUUCUGACACUGGACUUGCUCCGUGCGCUGCCUGCCCCCGGGACUUCUACCAACCGGCCUCUGGUCAGCUGACUUGCCUGGAGUGUCCAACCAACAUGAGGACUGUUGGUCCUGGAGCCGUGGGCAGAGACGAGUGUGAGCCCAUUCAGUGCUCUGAAAGUGCCUGUCAACAUGGAGGUCUCUGCAUCCCGAUGGGUCACGGAGUCCAGUGCUACUGCCCUGCUGGUUUCUCUGGACGUCGUUGUGAAAUCGAUAUUGACGAGUGUGCUUCUCAGCCAUGCCACAACAAUGGCCGUUGCAUUGAUUUGCCUCAAGGCUACCGGUGCCAGUGUCCCCCAGGAUACAGUGGUAUCAACUGUCAAGAAGAGAAGUCAGACUGCCGCAAUGACACUUGCCCAGAGAGAGCUAUGUGCAAGGAUGAACCAGGCCUGAACAACUUUACUUGCUUGUGUAGAUCUGGAUAUACUGGCCCCAACUGUGAUGUAACUAUCAAUCCCUGCUCUGCUGACAUCAAUGCCUGUACCAAUGGUGGAACAUGCAUUGCCCUCCAACAGGGUCGCUUUAAGUGCGAAUGCUUGCCUGGAUGGGAGGGACAGAACUGUGAGAUUAAUAUUGAUGACUGCGCUGAGCGGCCUUGCUUGUUGGGAGCCAACUGCACAGACCUUGUCAAUGACUUCAAGUGUACUUGUCCACCUGGCUUUACUGGCAAGAGAUGUCAUGAGAAGAUUGACCUUUGUGCCAACAGCCCCUGUGAAAAUGGAGUGUGUGUGGACAAACUCUUCACUUAUCAAUGUGUCUGCAAGCCUGGCUGGGCUGGACGUGCCUGUGAGAUCAAUGUGAAUGAUUGUUCUGUGGACCCUUGUGAAAAUGGUGGAGUUUGUGUCGACAUUGUUGAUGGAUACAUGUGCAACUGUGAGCCCGGCUACACAGGCAAGCGCUGCCAGCAUUUGAUUGAUGAUUGUGCUUCUGAACCGUGCCAAAAUGGUGCCACUUGCUUGGACAUGCUUGAUGGAUUUGUUUGCCGGUGCAGACCUGGUUUUGUUGGACUUCAAUGUGAAGCUGAAAUUGAUGAGUGUUUGAGCGAUCCCUGCAACCCAGAAGGCACCAAAGCUUGCAUUGAUGAGGACAACCAAUUCACUUGCCAGUGCCGAGAAGGCUUCACAGGAGAGCUUUGUGAGACCAACAUUGAUGACUGUGCUGCUACGCCUUGUCUCAAUGGUGGUUCUUGCCGUGAUGAAAUUGGCCACUUCCGUUGUGAAUGCCCUCCUGGCUGGACUGGCUCUCGAUGUGAAAGUGAUAUUGGAACCUGUCAAAACCUGCCCUGCCAGAACAGUGCCAAGUGCAUCAAUCUCUUCCAAGACUUCUUCUGUGUGUGUCCCUCUGGUACUGAUGGAAAGCAGUGUGAAACUGCUCCGGAGAGGUGCAUUGGCAAUCCUUGCAUGCAUGGCGGCCGCUGCCAGGACUUCGGCUCAGGUCUCAACUGCACUUGCCCAUCUGACUACGUUGGAAUCGGUUGCCAAUAUGAGUACGAUGCUUGUGAGGCCAACGCAUGCCAGAACGGAGCCACCUGUAUUGACAAUGGUGCUGGCUAUCAGUGCAUUUGUCCACCUGGCUACACUGGCAAAAACUGUGAUGAGGAUAUCGUAGACUGCCAAGAGAACUCAUGCCCACCUUCAGCAACGUGCAUUGAUUUGACUGGCAAAUUCUAUUGCCAAUGUCCUUUCAAUUUGACUGGUGAUGACUGCCGAAAGACCAUUCAAGUUGAUUACGACCUAAGCUUCACUGACCCCGCACGCAGCAGUGCAGCACUUGUUGUUCCGUUCUUCACGGGAGGAAAGUCUUCCCUCACUAUUGCUAUGUGGGUUCAGUUCGCCAACAAAGAUGAAGGAGGCGUUUUCUUCACCAUGUACAACGUCGCAUCACCCCAUGUCCCAGUCAGCAGAAGGCCUAUGGUUCAGGCUCACAGCAAUGGAGUCCAAAUUUCACUGUUUGCAGACUUGCAAGAUGUCUAUCUAGGGUUCCGUGAAUACGCUACCAUCAAUGAUGGCCAGUGGCAUCACAUUGCCGUGGUUUGGGAUGGUGAGUCUGGUGGCUCUCUCACUCUCAUCACAGAAGGUCUCAUUGCCAGCAAGGUUGAGGGUUACGGAAGUGGACGCAAUCUUCCUGACAAUGCUUGGGUUGUUCUUGGCAAACCCCGCAGUGAAAAUCCCAAGGCAUACACUGAGAACGGUUUCCAGGGUCAUCUCACUAAGGUGCAAGUUUGGGGUAGAGCUUUGGAUGUGACCAAUGAAAUCCAAAAGCAGGUUCGUGACUGCAGAACGGAGCCUGUUCUCUACCGUGGUUUGGUGCUGACUUGGGCCGGUUAUGAGGACACAAUUGGAGGUGUUGAACGUCUUGUGCCAUCCCACUGUGGGCAACGAGUGUGCCCAUUGGGAUACAGUGGACCUCGUUGCCAGGAGUUGAUUGUCGACAAGGUUCCCCCAAGGGUUGAGCACUGCCCUGGCGACCUAUGGGUUGUUGCUCGCAACGGCUCAGCAGUCGUUUCAUGGGAUGAGCCCGAGUUCAGUGACAACAUUGGAAUCAGUAAUGUUGUGGAGCGCAGUGGCCACCGUCCAGGCCAAAGCCUGCUGUGGGGCACAUACCACAUUGCUUAUGUUGCUUACGAUCAAGCUGGAAAUGCUGCCACAUGCAGCUUCAAGGUCUACGUUCUUUCCGAGUUUUGUCCGGAGCUGGCCGAUCCUGUCGGUGGCAAACAGACCUGCAAGGAUUGGGGUGCAGGCGGACAAUUUAAGGUGUGCGAAAUCAGCUGCAACUCUGGUCUUCGCUUCUCUCAACCAGUCCCAAGAUUCUACACCUGCGGUGCAGAGGGCUUCUGGCGGCCAACUGACAACCCAGCCAUGCCCACAAUUUACCCUGCUUGCUCAUCUGCCAAACCAGCCCAGCGUGUCUUCAAGGUCAGCAUGCUCUUCCCAAGCUCCGUUCUCUGCAAUGAGGCCGGCCAGGGAGUGCUCCGACAGAAGGUCAGGACAGCCAUCAACUCUCUCAACCGAGACUGGAACUUCUGCUCUUACGCCUUGGAGGGAACACGGGAGUGCAAGGAUCUCAAUAUCGAUGUCAAGUGCAACUCUCGCCAGAGCCGCUCUGCGCAUGCCACCACCGAGGAAGAGGUCAAGGCUGUAGCCAGGUCCGACAGAGUAACACGAGAAGCAAGUGACACCUACAGUGUCCAGAUUUCCUUCCCUGCUAUCAAUGAUCCUGUGGUCAAUGCCAACUCCAAUGAAAGAUCCAACGUCCAGAGGCUUUUGGAGCACCUGAUCUUGGAAGAAGACCAGUUUGACGUUCAUGACAUCCUGCCCAACACUGUGCCUGACCCAGCUUCCCUUACCUUGACAUCCGACUAUGCCUGUCCGCUUGGCCAAGUUGUCAUGGCUCCGGACUGUGUUCCGUGCGCUGUGGGUACCUUCUACAACCGAGAGACUAGGACUUGCUUGGCUUGCCCUCUUGGAACGUACCAGAGUGAAUCAGGCCAGAUGCAAUGCACACUCUGCCCUGCUAUUGCUGGUCGCCCCGGAGUCACUGUGGCUCCUGGAGCCCGAAGCGCUGCUGACUGCAAAGAACGUUGCCCAGCUGGAAAGUACUAUGAUGACGAUGCUGGUCUUUGCCGUAGCUGUGGUCACGGUUUCUACCAACCUGAAGAGGGUAGCUUCAAGUGCCUCUUGUGUGGACUUGGCAAGACUACUCGCACCACUGAGGCUGUGUCAGAGGAGGAAUGUCGGGAUGAAUGCAGCUCCGGCAUGCAGUUGGCCGUUGAGGGUCGAUGCGAACCUUGCCCCAGAGGAACUUACCGAACCCAGGGUGUGCAGGCAGCCUGCCAGGCUUGUCCUCAGGGCCGCACCACUCCCAAACUGGGCGCCGCUGCUGUGGAGGAGUGCUCACUGCCCGUCUGUCCCCCUGGAACAUACUUAAAUGGAACUCAGAACAGCUGUGUUGCCUGCAAGAAGGGCACGUAUCAGCCCGACGCUCAGCAAACGAGUUGUGUUGCUUGCCCACCGAACACGAGUACCAAGACCACAGCAUCGAUAAGCAAGGAGGACUGCUCAAACCCUUGUGAAAUGAACACAGUGGAGAUGCACUGUGAUCCCAAUGCAUACUGCCUGCUCCUUCCUGAGACAAGCGACUUCAAAUGCGAGUGCAAACCUGGAUACAAUGGAACGGGCCGUGUGUGUACUGAUGUCUGUGCUGGUUUCUGUGAGAAUGAAGGUGUCUGUGUCAAGGAUAUCAGAGGAAAUCCCUCGUGUAGAUGCUCUGGUUCCUUCACGGGACCACAUUGUGCUGAAAAGAGUGAAUUUGCCUACAUCAUGGGAGGCAUUGCUGGUGGUGUCAUGUUUGUUAUCUUUAUUGUCCUGUUGGUAUGGAUGAUCUGUGUGAGGUCAACUCGAAGGAAAGAGCCUAAGGCAGCUAAAAUACUUACCCAAGCUAGUGAACAAAAUGGAUCUCAAGUUAACUUCUAUUAUGGUGCGCCCACUCCGUAUGCUGAGUCCAUUGCCCCAUCACACCAUUCAACCUAUGCCCAUUAUUAUGAUGAUGAGGAGGAUGGCUGGGAAAUGCCUAACUUUUAUAAUGAGACUUAUAUGAAAGAGAGUUUACACAAUGGCAAGAUGAAUAGCCUAGCCCGCUCAAAUGCUAGCCUUUAUGGCAAUAAGGAAGACCUUUACGACAGGUUGAAGCGCCAUGCAUACCCUGGCAAGAAAGAUAAGAGUGACAGUGAAAGUGAAGGCCAGUGAAACAUUUAUGUUAGAGAUUUAUGUUUUAAAAUUGUUCUUGUAUAGUAUAUUUGAAAACAUUUUUUCUAUUGUAUCUGGUCAGAGAAAAAUGCUCAAUGGAAAUGUGGUGUAGGCACCAGGUGCCAUAUCUGUUCACCACUACAAGCACAUACAGAUGCACAGUUGAUUGGAAUUAUAUGACAAGGAGAUUCACCCGUUCAUUUAGUUUCCACCAUUGUCUUGUGUGCUUAGGUGGAACUCAAUUCAUUCCAAAGUCCACUUGUGCCGUGCACCAACAGCUCUUUAUUGGUGAUUUGCAGAUACAGACUUUAAUUUGUAUUUAUAAAUCCACUGGAUACUAAAAAUUUAGCAAAAUGUGAUAUGUUUUCUUAAAUUUUGGCUUUAAUGUGUCAGUGGUAAGAAAAUCUUUCCAGAGCUCUGUUGUUUUUCAGUGAUUGCCACAAAAAUGGACAGAUGGAAUUAAAAUCAAUAUUUGAUUUAAUGAUGUUUGGGAUGUCUAUGUUGGUACUAACAAAUCUGACUCUUAGAUUUUUUACUUAAUUUGUACCAUUGUGACAUUCAGUGCUCUGUGCUGGCCCAUGAAAUGUAGAGCCAAAAAUUACCUAGCACUGAAAGUCAACCAGGAGUGUUUAUGCUCACAUCUGGUCAGUAAUGAUUAUACUGCCUUACAUAACAAGAGAUUUUCUAUUAGUGUCAGUAUUACCAAGAUAUUUAUCGUAGUGAUUUUGUAAGAAACUAUUUGAUAUGUGCUACAUGUGUAAUAAUGAAUUAUUGAAGUAGCAUGCUGCUCAAUUCCUAAAUGAAAUUAGACGUUGGUCUUGACUUUGUUUUGAUCUGAUUAGAUUAACUUUCUCUUCUGUUAAUCGGAGUUUGCCAAUAGAGUGUGCAGAACUUUCAAACACAAAACUAAUGUGUCUUUUCUUUGUCUUCUGAAAUAGUCUUUCUUUAAUUUAUGUAUCCUUUAGGUUUGUUAUAUAUACUUCAAAUUUUUAAACUUGGUUACAUAAUUGUGUGAUUUUGAUAAAGAAAUAUGUUUAUAGCUAUUUGUUCAUAUAUAGAGGUAAGACUUCCAGUUUAUAGAUGUUUGUAAACUUUUUUAUUCUUUUUUAAAUUAAUUUUUAGUUAAAUUCACGUGAAAAUGAUGGUAUCAGACUGCAUUCUCUACCUAUCCAUUUUUGAGAUUUUGUUUCCAAAACUUGACCAUGACCCUUGAUAUUUCAUUUAUUAUUGCUCCUAUAGCAAUGUGUGCUAAAUUGCACAAGUCAGUCUUAUUUAAAAUGAGUGUGAGAGAGUUAGUUCUGAUGUAUGAAUGUGGUAUCGUGUAUCUGUCUUUUUUUUCCCCUUUUUUUUAGUGUGUGUCUGACCAAAUGUGUGUGCCUGAGUGUACAUUUGUGCAAGUGAUUUCCGUGUGAGUAUGAAUGGUCUCUAGUUAUUGAGUGAAUAUUUGAGUAAAGUCUUUCCACUUUGCUGUUGUAUUGGAUUGCAAGAUGUACUGUGUAUUUCUGUACAGCUCACAUAGUGUGCAUAUGCAUUGUCCAAGUUAUCUGACCUGAUCAUAGUGGGAAGAGAUUCUGUUGUUAGAGAUAGCUUUUCUUUAUGUCUUGUGUGUUCUUUUUCAUUGUCUUGCAAAUUUACUCAUGUGAAGCUUGGAUAACUUGGAUUGUGCUGAAUUGAAAUGGUAAAAUUGUUACCAGAAUACAAAUAGAAUAUCAUGAAGUCAUGCUGCUUGAAUGAGUGUGAGAAUAUGAAAAAUGCCAUAUGUAUGUAAUGAGAGAAAUAAUGAAUGCUUGUAUGAUCAUGAAUAAAAUAUAAUUAUUUUAAAAUGA